CCAGCACAGCAAAAGAGCAGUGCAACAGCAAGCUUGUCCCCAAUGCCCAUGUCGCUCCCUCGCUCAGACUAUGACCCCCGCAGGGUGUGUUUAAACCCAUUUCCAGACCUCAACUUGAACUUGGGAAAGCAUCGCCGGACUAUUGGCAUUUACCUCGCGGGCGCUUUGUUCGCACUUGCAAACUGGACUUUCCUCGAUGCUGCCAUCUUGUCUGCGCAUGCUCACCCGCCUUAUGAUGAUCCCCAAAUCCCGCCUCCCGUUCAUGUGAUGUUCGUUGAUUGGGUGCCGGGUAUCUGCUCGCUCCUUGGCAUGCUCAUCAUCAACAUGAUCGACAAGGAUAGGAUUAGAGGUGACGAUUAUGGAGAUUCUAAUGCUGUGUGGAGGGCCCGCCUUUUCCUUUUCAUCGGAUUUGCAUUCAUGGCUGGUGGACUGGCGGGGAGCGUGUCUCUUCUCGUGCUGAAAUACAUCAUGAUGGACUACCCCGAGCAGUAUACUUACUACGGCUAUGCGAACGUGUCGCAGAACGUGGCGUUGAUGCUGUCGGCGGUUGUGCUUUGGAUUGCGCAGAGUGCGCAGACUGAAUAUGACUAUAGCCUUACGCUUUAGUGACGGAUGCGGUUUCGUUGAUGUCAUUGGAUUUCUUCAGCGUAGCUGUGAAUAUGUAUCUUUCUUUUGCGACUUUCUCGCGGGGAUGCACGGAUGGACUACAAGUCAAAGCGUCCAUCCAGGAUGGACGAAGCAACCAACUUCGACGGGUGCGCAUGUUUGUACGAACAUUGCCUUGUAAGUCUCCUAUACGCUGUACUCUGCUGCUGCCCGAUCAGCAGCAGCUCUGUCGGUGACGGUUGUAGAACUCUAGGCAGCAUUAGACACACCCAAAUAAUUGUCCGCCAGC